AAGAGGGCGGUAACCAGGAAGAGGAGUUGCAGAAAGAUGCUUCCUCUGCACCCAGUACGCCUCUGUUAAGUUUAAGCCUUUAGGACAAGGGAACUGAGGAGGAGUGUUGGAUACACACACGGUGUCCAACGCGAAGCCAAAAAUGGGAACUGUGCGGAAACGAAAAGAUGUUCGGUCGACAACACAAACUAGGUUUGUACACUUAAUGUAAGGUUAAAGCGAUGUUAGCUUUUAGCCGCUCAGUCAGGAAAGCAGUUGUUACAAUCAAAAAGUGCAAGGAGUUAUUGAGUUACUAACUUGGCAAACUCUUUCUAACUCUUGUUACACAUACAAAAUAAUGUCCCACUGUUUGUAAGCGUUCUGUGAACGGCGCGGCGGCGUUUAAAGUCAACGGUUUGACGCGGUAAAGAAAGUGAACAGACGCGGCAUCGCGGACUUGAUGCGGAAUUAAGUUUCAACUAAUAUUAUAAAAACGUACCUGAGUUAGAGGCUAAUGCUCUUAUUUAUCAGGCCAUUUUGAAGUUUGUUGGGCUACAUACAUUAAUGCUCCAGCGUUUGCACGUGACAGACGUGAAUAGAUACUGACAGCUCGUGGUCACCUUCCUCUUGUCUGCAGCCGGUCUCUGACGUUCCCGCUCCUUGUCCUGCUGUCACAUGACUGUGGGUCAGCUGACUGGUAGGAGUUGAAGGACAGGUCGAGCUUUUAAGCACCAUCCCUUAUCAGGCCAAUUUACACACAAGCCACGGUAGACAUAAAGCAGAAGAUGCUGACUUUGAAAAUAAGCAAACAGAGAGCUAAAUAAACCUACAAUUCAGCUGAUAGGUGUUUGGUUUUUAAGGUUUUGACUGGGUGCAAAUGUGUUAAGAAACUGCAGGGUGCAGAUUACAUACAGCAGAAUAUAAAGCAGGUUUACAGUAACCUGGCAACUUUAAUAUAGAAGAUAGCUGUUGUGUUCAAUAUGCUCUCCGUAGCCCAAAGGUUAACAUUCACCCUCCUCCCCUUACUUAAGUGUUCCCAGUUAAAUUUGACUCUCGACUGACCUGUCUAUUUUAACUGCUCUUAAAUUAACACAAAGUCCAUUAAUCACCACCAAAUCUUUAUUUAACACUCUCUUUAGCUGUCAAAAAUGUCUCAGAGGAGUGGUUAACAUGAUUAACUGCAGUGAAAAUACAAACAGACACUGAAAAUGAACAUGUAAGUUAAAAAAGAAACGAAAAACCAGAAACCAAAUACUUUAACAUAAAGUUGUGUGUGUGUGUGUGUGUGUGGGGGGGGGGGGGGGGUGUUCUCAUCUGAUGGAUUAAUAUAAUUAAUAUACUGGGAACACCACAGAUGUUACAAAGUUGACUAAAACACUCAAAAUAAGUGGUCAUCAUCACUUUUAUAUGUUCAAGUGCACAGUAUGGAGGAUAUCAUAAGGUCUUGAGGCAAUCAGAUGUAAAAUACAUUAUGAGUGUUUGAAGUUGUAAAUAAGUCAGAAUUAAUUUUAAUUUACAAUUUCAUGAGUUGAAGUAAAAUGAGCUAAUAUUUGGCUAGUGAUUUUCCCCGUCAAAAACUCCAUAUGCAUGUUGCUCCAAAACUAAUGUCUGUUUGCUGAGUCUUAUUCUAAACAGAAAGAUCAUUAGUCAUAUAAGUGAAAACGGAGGAGGAGUCUCAGGCAGGCACUAACAUGACAGCUUUAUCAAUAGUCCGUCGUCUAUAUGUUUUCCUAUUGUUAACAGGUAGCCUUCUGUUUACUUUGGCUAACAGGCUGCGCUGAAGAGCACAUCAUGUAUUGAAGCUCACAUGUCCUUCUGGUGUCCCUGCACAUACACUGAACUAUGGCUACUGUGUUCAGGGUACCAUAGGAAAUUGUACAGCUCCACACAAAGCACCACAAGUUGAACAGGUCUGCAAGGACUGGUGUAAACUGGUGCUGGUGUGAACAAUAUCUGAUUCACUGGUGCUUUAGGAAAAAAGAAGAAAAGAACUUUCCCUUCGCAUAUACAUUAGCGCAGCACUUUAAUGCCUAUAACGCGAAGGUGGUGGCCUUGUACAUGCAGUGGCUAUUCAGUAUUCCCAACAUGUGCGUUAACAACGACCCCUUGCUGCCCUCUGUUUUUGUGAUGUUGCUUUAUUAUAAUGAAUUACAGUCACUGUAAAUAUGUUUACAGCACCCCCGGUGGUUUAAAGGAGGGAAAGUCUCAUGAGGGAAAUCAGCGCUUCCACUCUGACCUGUGGUGCUGUCUGACUCUGCAGAACUGGAUACUGGACUUUGGAAGGCCCAUAGUUAUGGUAAGAAGGAUCACAUAAUCAAUACAAUGUGCAGUUUUUGCACAGAAUGUAAUAAAACUGAUGGCUCCUCUUUACUCCAUGGAGCAAUAAAUAAACGGCAGGAUGUUACAUGUUUUUUUUUUAUUGAUGUAUUAGAUUGUCCUUCCUCUUGAUUGGUUCCCCCUGAACAAGCCCAGUGCUGGAGACUAUUUCCACAUGGCCUACAAUGUUAUAACACCGUUCCUAAUGCUGAAGGUAAGUCUUACUAAAGAGUGAUAGUUUAAAAAUUGUUUAUGUUCACAUAAAAACUUGAUCGAUUCACUUAUUGUAUCCUGGAACAUUUAUGGAAUACAGCAGGUAUCCCAAGUGAAACUACAAAUUACAGAGCCCCCCCUUGUGGCUGCAGUGUAGGUCUAAAUCCUAUUGUAUAUUAUUGUGCGAAUUUAUACUCAAGUCUUAAAUUUUUGGUUUAAAGAAGAUGACAGCUCUAGCAACGGAUGCAGCGGGAGAAAACUCAACUAACACUGUCAGAAGAGUCAUUUGACUUAACGUAAUCAUGAGUAUGUACCUUAAACCGACACAAGUAUCUUUACUGCUGUGGACUUGAGAGGUCUGUGCUAGGUAUAGCUGGUUACUGUAGUGCUGUCAGUGCUGCUGCUCUACCAGCAGGAUUGUUUGUGCACAAGCCUCAGUUCCAUCAGUGCAAUAGGUUAGCGCCCAUCGGGGAGGUAUUUUGGCAUCAAAUCUGACAACAUGUGGACAUGAAGGAACAAUAUCCAUCCAGCGUAAAUCCAAUGUGAGUUUUUAUCUCAAUUUUAGGUUUCCUAUGGUCACGGGAUAAAUAUUGAACAAGAUUUUCAGUCAUUUAUUUUUUUAAGAUUAAGGUAUUAAUCAGAGUAGGUUAGAUUGAACUUUAUUUAUCCUUUUGGGAGUUCCCUCAAGAAAAUUAAAAAGCACACUAUGUCACCAAAAAAGGAUCAAAAUGAGUAAAAGAAAGGGUGACAGACAGUUGAAAAAGUAGGUUCAAACAGUUUAAGUUCUGAGUGCUGUCGAGCUACUGGAGAGGCAGCUGUCUCCUACAGCGCCAUGGCAACAAGUGGAUGCUGUGGAUUUGCCAUUUUCCUGUUAAAAUCAUGAUAGCAAUGGUGACUCAAACACUUCUAAUCCAGAUUUUAGUUACAAUCAAGCAAUUCUAUAAGAAGUUUGGUGAAACAAACAGGUUAUUUAAAACACAGUUAUAAGUAAUGGACAUGGUUUUAAGACAAGAAUCCAGGCACAACGACAAAGACCUGCCUACCCCUAAAUGUGGACACAUCGCCACACUGAUGUGAGUUUAGACGAAUGGACUGAGAGCAGGAUGGGUAUUUGAAAUUUCCUUCAGGGAUGGAUAUCAACAUUUGGACUGUUAUACAUGUGAUAAAUCUGAUUCCUUAAGAUGUUUGCAGCUAUGGAUAUUUUUUUUAACAAAAAAUGUGUUUCUACAUCUUUCAGCUGAUUGAGCGCAGCCCCCGGCCGCUGCGUCGCUCAGUGGUCUACCUCUGCAUCAUCACCUUUGUCAUGGGUGCCAGCAUCCACCUGGUGGGAGACUCCAUCAACCAUCGGCUCAUCCUGAGUGGCUACCAGCUCCACCUGUCAGUCAGAGAGAACCCCAUCAUCAAAGACCUCAAACCCACCUCACUGGUAAAUACAGACUUUAAUUUCUACCUUUUGAGUCGUUUAUUCCCUGAUUGAAACACGCAGGAUACAUUUUUUAGCUGUUUACAUUUGGCUUGUUGGUGAUGAAGCUACUUGUCUCUUGUGUAACCCGUGUUACAGUAUCAUUUAAUGUGUUGGUGCUUACUCUUCAUAAACAUCAUUGUUAUAUUUUCUUGGUUGCUCUGCCACAAAGAACAAACUUAUUCACCGUUGUUUGAUCAGAGUCUCUCCUGUUGGAAAGCAGUGAUGUGUGUUUUUUUUAAGCACUACUAGUUCUGUCACAUCUUUCUUGGUCACCCUGAUCUCCACAUUAAAAGUUUUUACUUGUGAUUGGUGUGUUUUAAUAUUAGAUUAUAUCUAGAUUAGAUAGCACUGUAGUAAUCCUUUUGGGAAGGUUCCCUCAAGGAAAUUAAAAAUUACUAACAAGAUGUUAACGACACAAGGGAUAGAAUAGAAGACAGUGGGUCUAUUAGAGUGUGUAGUCAAUUAACAUGCACUGGAGUAACCAGAUUACUGUGAAAAUGUAUCUCAGGGACAGCUGUGAUGAAUCAUGUUUCGUUAUCCUGAUAUAACCUGAUAACCUCAAACCCAUCCUUUACUAACUAUUUUCUACCUCGCCCAGAUCAUACCUGGACCAAGACUGUCGUUUAAAAAGUGAAACUUACAAAAGUGACCUUUUCAGGGACAACUUUCACUGAAUCUGGAGAGAUUUUUGUUUUGAUUUUUCUUCGGAACAUUUUGAGCUGACAGCUCAGGUCAGUACAGAGUGCUUCGUCAGAGAAUUGACAACUACUGGCACCUUAAGUGUGACCUUGUGCUGAGUUUUUAUCACACUGCAGACUUUUUUCUCACCUUUUUAUCUUCAGAUGCAACUCAAAAGGCUUCAAUAGAUGUGCUGCUAAGUAUUAUUUGGGUUUCUUAAGCCUCAAAGACAUUUGGAAACUUUUGGUUUUCUUGGUAGUUAGAAAAGCAGCUCAGCACAGAGAAACGACCAAGAAGUCUUUGCUAGGGUACAUCUAAACUCUACUUUGUGUCCUUGAAUUUGGUGAUCUCUGAAUUUUUGGUUGACUUGUUAGAUUUGGUACCAAGGUAAGUCACAUGAAAGAAACUCUAGGUUUUGAGUAUCUAGGUUUUAGGGUGUAUGAGUUCAAACAAACAGUUUACAUGUGUCUGUACAUUAAAAACACAAUGGCCUCCUAUGUAUUUCUUUAUAAAGCUGUAGACUUUUCAACAUCUUGCAGAUCUAGUGUGUGUGUUCCAGACUUUGUACCACUCAACCAAGUCCAGGUAGUCAGCCAAUAAUCAUUUACAACAGAUUAUUUCUCAGCAGUAUAAGUCUCGUUCCAUUCAUUGUUGAUAGAAACUCUUUUGAGAUUAAAAACUAUGUUAUAUUGAUGUGUCCAACUUUGUUGAAACCAGGGCGAUCAGGAAAAGAUGGAGUGAAAUAAAUGGAGAAAACAACAUGACCAUGUACAGCUGCCUUUACAAGUUAUUCCAGCAUGAUUAUGAAGCUGCAGUGCACUUUUAAACACAGCCCUGAAUUGCUAUACUUUGUUUUCAGCUGGCAGAUCUUAUGACAUGUGAAGGCUACAUAUAUUAUCAGUUUAAUUAAAUGUCUUUAUUCCUUAACUUCUCUGUGUGGAGGAAUCCACAUGUGUAAUGGCCCUGAUUCAGUAGGUGGCACUGUUGUGUAAGGCAGUGUGGAGGACCUAAUUUCUCCUUAAACCAUGCAGAAUGACAUACAUUAAGCUUUAACAUGAAAACACUUCUGUUAAUAGCAUGUUUGCGAUGAUUUAUGCUCAUGAAUAUAUAACCUUUCCUCACAGAUCGACUCCUUUGAGCUGCUGUAUUAUUACGAUGAACAUCUGGGACACUUGAUGUGGUAUGUGUUUAUGAUAAUUACGAGUGUAGGGCCGAAAAAGUGUUUACAUUUAAUGAUGAUUACUAGAACACAGCAGAGCAUCUGAUUGAAUGCAUUGCUGCAAACUAAAGCUAAUUAUCUCGUUUAAAUGUUGUGGUAUUUCAUGUUGUUUUAGAAAACACAGCAAAAGAAAUCAAUAAUAGAGUGAAAAGCUUUAAGACUGCAGCCGUUAUAAGUGUGCUGAAAUCUUUGGCUAUUUUCCAUCUCUAAAUAAACACAGAACAAAUUUUUGAUAAGAAGACUGGGGAGGUCUUCACAUCAGCUGUAUGAAAGUCUGAGUGCUGACUAAGGAAUGAGACAAAGAAAAGAGGAGUGGAAAUGAAGGGAUUCUUAGAAAAAGAUUAUUUAUUAUUGAGGAGGAUGAGCUGCAUCUCUAUUUUCUUUCUGUGUCAUCCUUUUCAUUUAGAAGCAGUCAGGGGCAAUACUGGCUGAUAAUGCCUCAACAUUGUGCAUUUCUAGGCAGCACACUGACAGGAUUAUUUAUAGCUUACAUUCUGCUGUAAUAAUGUGUUUCUGGUGAAGCUGUUUUGGGCACUGUGUUAUUGUUCACAGCUGUCAACAAAUCCAUGAAUAAGAACAUUUCUGUGUGAGAAGUCUAUGAUGAUAGACUUUGUUUUCUGAUCAAACCAACUUCAAGCACAUUGAGGUGAUUUGGAAUCCAAGUGUCUAAAUCAUAUACAACUAUAAUAUUUGCCUUUUUUUGUGUAUCAAAUCCCUGUCACAGCCCUAAACUGUUAAAAUAAGACUAAAAAAAUAACCUUUUAAAAAAGCAGCAUGUUGCAGAUGUAUAUUUUUUGGAGGCAUUUGUAAGCUUUAGGGUUUGUGAUAGGAAACAAGAGGAGAGUCUCUAUUUAAAGUUGAAUUUGGAGGUUGCAGCUCUUAAUUAGGACCAAAUGCAUGUUCCUAGUUUAUUUUCUAUUCAAAGGUUCCAUUAAAAAUCCUGAGCACUGUGCCACUUAGACCUCUUUUGUGGUUUCAGGUACAUCCCGUUCUUUAUCAUUCUGUUCAUCUACUUCACUGGCUGCUUCAUCAAAGCUGAAAAGCAGAAGACGAUGCCCGUCUUUGGUUGGCUGCUGCUCGGACCAAGCGCUCUCUACUAUUGGUCAGUCUUCUUACUCCUUAUAAGGCCUUGGUAAUGGUAAUGCAUCGGGCUUUUCAUACGCAUGAAUUAAAUCAAACAUACAAAGAAACAUGAGAAAGAAACAUUUGAUCAUUCUCUUUACAUAAGUCUUCCUUGUCAAUUACACAGUGUUUUUCAAACUGUGAUGUAAUAAUGUAACAUAAAAUCAGCAAAUAAUAAUCAGUGAGCAAAGCAUCAGUAACAGCACUUAUGAUAUAUGAAGAUAAUGAUGUGAGGAGAAAGAUGAUUAUGUUCUGUCUAGCCAAUGACAAUUCCUCUAAUUAAUCUGUCUUUCACUGUCAAUGUAUGAAUGUGAGCGAGUGUGUUUUAGGCCAAACAGUUUCUUUCUUAGUCAAAUGAUUGACAGUUAACACGGUUUCGUCACAAAUACGUCUGAAAGUUUGACAGAGCCCAUUUGAGUAAUGUUGUUUUAUGCUGCAUCGAUUCAGUGCCUUUAAGAGACAUAUUUUAUAACGACAAGAAAGAAAAGCCCCACUCAGAUUCUUUUGUAACAUUAAAGAGGUUUUUUAUUUUCAUCGUCACUCGUUGCGGAAAUUCAAAAGGAAGGCGAGCGGCAGUGAUGGAGAAGUAACAAAGGUGCUUUUACAAUAAAGCGAAGACCUAUUUGUGGUUUCAUUUGGAGGGCAAUUAUUUUUCAUCAUAAACAAAUUGUUCACUCAAGAUUUUCUCUUCAAAACAUGCUGCAGUAUGUGAGGUCAGAAGUUUUCGUCUGUCUGCGCCACCGAGUCAAUAAGUAAUUCUCUCAGUUCGUGACGUCUUUGGCUUUUCUUUUUCUGUCUUACAGGUACCUGGUCACUGAAGGACAAAUCACUGAGCUUUUCCUCCUCACAUUUGUUGCCAUGGUAAUUAUGGGGAUAUAUCAAAGGCGCGAAGGUCACAGCCUGGACAGCAACGGCCUGUUCCUGCUCUACAGUUUCACUUUCACUCUGCUGAUGGUGGGCCUGUGGGUGGCUUUUCUGUGGGAUGAUCCAGUGCUACGAAAAAAGUACCCCGGAUUGGUUUAUGUGCCAGAACCCUGGUCCUACUACACCUUACAUAUCAAGAGGGACCACUGAGGAACACAUGUACACAUUUGCAUACAGGUCUGUGUCAGGGGAAAAAUCCCAACAGCAUCUCUUUGUAUUUGUAAGAUCUGAACAAUGCAUGUUGUCUCUCCUCAGCAGAUUUGUGGUGACGCACUUGGAAAUUUGGAGUUUGUUGAUACACACCAACGUCACAGUUAAAAGUUUCUGCGGAUGAAUCAGAGAGCAGUUUUCUCUUAUUUCUCUCUGUCUUUAUCUGGAUUGAUGCUCACAGACUGAAACAAGUUUGUUUGACUUUACACAGGUGGUUAGAUCUGAAAGUCGCUCAGAUCUUUACAUAAGAGAUGAGAGGCUGACAACUCAAUACUUUUGGUCAACACUGCCCUUCAUUUGCAUAAUUGUAAAUACAUGCAGCGGAUUAGUGGGAAUAAAUGAGCCUUUUAAUUGCUCAUGUCUCAGAUGCCUAUAUUAGUUCAAAACUGGAGACAAAUAUGAGCUGAAAUUUAACUUGGGUUACACUCAAGUAACUCAGACUUCUUAAAGACAGCAUGAAUCAUCUGUUCUCAACAUCUGAAAUUGACUUGAACUGCUAUAUGUGACGCAUAUAAAAACACGUCAUGUCUUCAUCUAAACGAGAAAAUAAUCUCUUUGCUUCAGAAUCCAGUCGCAUAUCACUUACUGAUGUGAAGGCGAUCUUUGACUUCUCAGAAGAAUUGUGUUUUUUUUUCAGUUGAAUGAAAGCUGCCCUUCUCCAGCAUCUGUGAAAGAGAAUGAAAACAGCAGCAGUUCAUGACUGACAGGGUUGGCUGGAAAUGCACAGACUUCAUCAUCAUACUGGAGAGUUGUCAUGGAAAAGUGGCUUUAAAAGAACAUCUGGAGAAUGAUAAAAACAACAUUGUGACAAUUCAGAAACAAAGCUGUAAAAAUCAUGUAAAUAUCAGUUAAAAGAACAAAGUGGAACAUUACAGAGCUGGAACUCAACAGGGGCUUCGAACAACAGCAUCUGUUAGUUAUUUAGGAAAUAAGGUCCAUAAAGGCGCAGGGUACUUAAAAAGUCUUGUUUUGAAGCAGGAACUAAGUAAAAGUUCGCUCAGGUAUAUAAAGUUUUACUCUUAGAGGUUACUGAGAUGUAUUUCAGUAUUUAUUUAGUCAUGAGAAUGACUUACUGAUCCCGUUUCCAUUCCUUUCAUGGACAUUGUUCUGUUUGAUGUGUUUGUAUUGAGCAACAUGAAAGUGUUAACAGUGGAGUCUAUUGUUCUGAUGCUUUUACAUUAUUUAGGAGGUGGAGGAAACCUGAGCAGGUGACUUUAAAGCAGGCCUAAAAGGAAAAAAAAAAUUAUGGAUUUGUUGAUCUUUGUUACUGUCUAUUGUUUUUUUUUUGUCAAAGAUGAUUAUGUUGCUGAUCAAAUACUGUAAAGUUACUGGAUCCUUACUGGUUAAAUUUGUAAUUUUUAUAUAUUGAUCUUAAUAAAAAAUACAAAACUGAGCAUGUA